UGUUCUACUGCACCAACAAUUGCCCAUCACCCUCAAACUCAACUCAACUCCACUCCCUUCGUGCUGCUUCCCUGGAUUUUCACCCGCAAUUUACCCAAAUACCCUCCAUCCCUUUCUUCAUUUCCGUAUGGUCCCUAUCUUGCGCCUCAUACGUGCAGGUCAAUGCCCCACACCUUCCAUUUUUAGGGUCACCAACUCCCCCGAGCCCCCUCACCUCCUCCUUUCUCCCUUCCCUCUCUUUGUCCUCUCCCUUCACUUCAUAAACUUUUACCUGAAUUAAAUUCCAGCUUCUAAACCCUGCUUCUGCUUGGAGCUUCUUUAUUUUAUCCUUGAAUUUUCAUUAGAGUAACUGGUAUAAAUAGAAAUAGUUUCUUCCUGGCAACUUGUUUGCUUUUGCUCCCAAUAUGUACAUUCAUAUAUUUUUCUCUCCAAGGUGGGCUUCCUCAACCUAAUGAAACAAGAUAAAUACAGUAGCACCCACUCUUUCUCUCUCUGUGUUUCUGUGCCCUUUGAACCUGAACCUGAGAAAUAAACAAAUCUAAUCAAGAAUUGAGUCCUCUUUUUCUUUAUUUUCUUUUUAUCUUUUUCUUUAUUUUCUUUUUUUCUUUUUCUUGUCUUUCUAAAUGGGUGUUUGGUCUCUACUUCUUCUUCUUACCAUCCUAAGCUGUACUACUCUCUCAAUAUCAGAUCCAAACGAUGAAGCAUGCUUAACUCACCUAAGCCAAUCCUUAAAAGACCCGACAACCUCCCUUCAAAACUGGACUAAAUCCAAUCUUGCAAACCCAUGUUCUGGUUUUAACUCCUAUAUAUCUGGUGCUACUUGCAACAAUGGCAGAAUCUACAAGCUUUCCCUUACCAAUCUCUCUCUCCAAGGCUCUAUCUCUCCUUAUAUAUCCAACUGCACCAACCUCCAGACCCUUGACCUCUCCUCCAACUCUCUGUCCGGCCCUAUCCCUGCAGAUUUACAAUACUUGGUCAAUCUUGCAGUGCUUAAUCUCUCGUCUAAUAGACUAGAGGGAGAGAUUCCCCCACAGCUUGCAUUGUGUGCUUAUUUGAAUGUGAUUGAUUUCCAUGAUAAUUUUCUCACUGGUCAAAUCCCACAGCAGCUGGGUCUUUUGGUAAGGUUAUCAGCUUUUGAUGUCAGCAAUAACAAGCUUUCAGGGCCAAUCCCGGGUCCAUUGGGGAACAGGAGCGGGAAUUUGCCGCGAUUCAAUGCGACUUCUUUUGAAGGAAAUAAGGAUCUUUACGGCUACCCUUUGCCUCCGAUGAAGAGUAAAGGUUUGUCUGUUUUAGCCAUUGUUGGAAUCGGGUUGGGAAGUGGGUUUGCCAGUUUGGUGCUCAGUUUUACUGGAGUUUGUAUUUGGUUGAAGAUCACCGAGCAGAAGAUGGCCCUUGAAGAAGGCAAGAAUAGCCAGCUUAUGCCUGAUUAUGGAGCUUAAUUGACCAUGGAUUCUAAGAUGAAAAUAGAACAAAAAGUUCCAGGUAUGUUUAGGAGUUAUUGAAGAUUGAUCUUAAAAAACAAAGGUUGGUAUUUCAUUGAGGUGUGGGCUAAUGCUAUUUUUCUCAGAUGGGGUUCUUACAACUAGUAGUUGUAUUUUACUGAUUUUUGGAGGCUUUUUUUUUUUUUUAACUUUUUCCCUUCUGUCCCUCCCCUUUAACCCUUUAUUUUAUUUUAUUUUAUUAUAGCCAUAGUAUUUCCUCUCAAAAAUCAACAGUGUAUAAAUCAACUCAAACAAGAAAUAGUGCAGUUCUUUCACUUGUCAAUCUUAAUGGUGUAAUGUAACAAUCAAUUUAGUGUAAUUUCAGUGAUUCUCUCUC